CGUGAAGGUUGUUCUCCGAUGUAACCCGAACCACAAAAUCCAUUACAAUUCGGAGGUUUUAUGGAUUUGAAGAAGAAGAGAUAUCAAUUUCUGGCAUUUGUUAUUGGCUACAUGUUCCUCAGUCACAUUGCUGGAAGAUGUAGGGAGACAGUUGGAGAAAGAGGCUCAUCACAAACUGGGAAGUUUAGUAUCUUGGACUGUUUCGAUGGGGGUUCAGGAACAGUAGUAUGUGGUGUGAAAGAGAGUGUGAAAUAUUACACCAACAACAUCAGAACAGUUCAUGUUGAGUUAGCAAGAAAUAAAGCAUUUGAAUCCUCAUUAGCUGAUGCACUCUCACAAGGCAUUGAAACCAAAACUGCAACCAAACAAGCCAAGAAAGCUGGAGAUAAAGCUGCCAAAAUAGCAAACAAGAAUGCCAAUCGCAUCUUGGGACCUAUUGUUUCUUCUGGAUGGGAUCUUUUUGAAGUAAUUUAUUAUCAAGGAUCUGUAACCGAAGGGAGUCUAAGGAGUGCAGGUACAUUGUGUGGGACGUAUAUGAUGGGGUUCUUAGCGGAGGAACGGUAUGGUAAGCUCGGAUAUUUGAUUGGAAGCCAAUUGGGAAGUUGGAUCGGGGGAAAGAUCGGGCUUAUGGCAUAUGAUGUUGUUAAUGCCAUGCAUUUCUUGCUUCACAUUGGUCGAAUAGAGUAACAUGAGGGAGGGUAUACGCUAACCUCCGGAGCACCCCCACCAUACUGGCCUCACACAUUAUAACAAAUAGACUGUUUUAUAAGAGUUAAGUUUAUAGUAGCAAACGAUUAUGCCUCUCAUGUAAAAGUGUUGCAAUAAGUUUAUACGAAGCUUUUGGGCAUCUUAUCAAGCUUUUAGCACACUUUUGAAAUAAAGGGUUUUAUUAAAUAUAUUAUCUACUUAUAGAAGUAACACCUUUUUCUACAGGACACUUGUUUUUAUAAGAUAAUUUUUUAAAUAAUAUCGUAAAAAAAUAAAUAGGACACUUUGUUUCACACUUGUCUUGAAAAACUUGUCAAGAGCAGAAAAACAUCAUAUAAACUUAUUGUAUCAUUUUUAAAAGUGAUGCAUAAGUGUUUGGUGAUAUAAACUUAAGUCUGUGUCUAUUACAACACUUGGACAUUUUUAGCAUCCUAUAAACCUGAUUUUGUUGUAGUGUCGGUCAUCAUCACGAUAAGUCAGCAGGCAAUGGUGCCUGGGUUUGACACAAUUAUGGAACUCUGAUCCCCUGAAGAAUUUGGACCAGGUAAAUGCUGUUUUCAGUUUUUGAUUAUUCAUUUUGUUCAAAAUACAUUAUAUAUUUAGAAAUAGAUGCAGAUUGAGUUCUUAGACUCCAUAGAUA